GCUUCUGGGUGUGUCUUUUCCUUCUGCUCUCCUCUUUACCCAGCACCCUAUAGAGAUUAAGGGGUGAUUAGAUCAUUAAUGCAGUAAUGUUUUCCAGAUGCUGGACGACCACAUCAUUACUUUUGUGAAGAAUGAAUUGAAGAAGAUCCACAAGGUUUUGCGUCAAGAUUACCCAGAAUGGGCAGAGAGACAAAUGGAAGAUGAGGAAGUAUUAGCAGGUGAGGAUGAAGAGCGGAGGAGAAGAAGCAGAGAUGCAGUUUUGAAGAUCACAUUGGACUUCCUCAGGGGAAUGAAGCAGGAGGAGCUGGCUGACCGACUGCAGAGCAGAACUCCCACUGUAGUUUGUCAGAACCAAAAAUCUGUUUUAAAGAAGAAGUUCCAGCGUGUGUUUGAGGGGAUUGCUAAAGCAGGAAAUCCAGCACUUCUGAAUCAGAUCUACACAGAGCUCUACAUCACAGAGGGAGGGACUGCAGAGGUCAAUGAUGAACAUGAGGUCAGACAGAUUGAAACAACAUCCAGGAAACCAGACAGACCAGAAAAAACAAUCAGACAAGAAGACAUCUUUAAAGCCUCACCUGGAAGAGAUGAACCAAUCAGAACAGUGCUGACAAAGGGAGUGGCUGGCAUUGGGAAAACAGUCUUAACACAGAAGUUCACCCUCGACUGGGCUGAAGACAAAGCCAACCAGGACAUCCAGUUCAUAUUUCCAUUCACUUUCAGAGAGCUGAAUGUGCUGAAAGAGGAAAAGUUCAGCUUGGUGGAACUUGUUCAUCACUUCUUUACUGAAACCAAAGAAGCAGGACUCUGUAGCUUUGAAAACUUCCAAGUUGUGUUCAUCUUUGAUGGUCUGGAUGAGUGUCGACUUCCUCUGGACUUCAACAAAACUGAGAACCUGACUGAUGUUACGGUGUCCACCUCAGUGGAUGUGCUGCUGAUAAACCUCAUCAGGGGGAAACUGCUUCCCUCUGCUCACCUCUGGAUAACCACACGACCUGCAGCAGCUAAUCAGAUCCCUGCAGAAUGCAUUGACAGGGUAACAGAGAUUAGAGGGUUCCCUGAUACACAGAAGGAGGAGUACUUCAGAAAGAGAUUCAGAAGUUGGUGGAAGGCACACAAUAUCAUAUCCCACAUCAGGACAUCACCUAGCCUCCGCAUCAUGUGCCACAUCCCAGUCUUCUGCUGGAUCACUGCUACAGUUCUGGAGCAUGUGCUGAAAACCAGAAAGUGGAACACGAUGCCCAAGACCCUGACUGAGAUGUACAUCCACUUCCUGGUGGUUCAGGCCAAAGUGAAGAAGGUCAAGUAUGAUGGAGGAGCUGAGACAGAUCCACACUGGUGUCCAGAGAGCAGGACGAUGAUUGAGUCACUGGGAAAACUGGCUUUUGAUCAGCUGCAGAAAGGAAACCUGAUCUUCUAUGAAUCAGACCUGACAGAGUGUGGCAUCGAUAUCAGAGCAGCCUCAGUGUACUCAGGAGUGUUCACACAGAUCUUUAAAGAGGAGAGAGGACUGUACCAGGACAAGGUGUUCUGCUUCAUCCAUCUGAGUGUUCAGGAGUUUCUGGCUGCUCUUCAUGUCCAUCUGACCUUCAUCGACUCUGGAGUCAAUCUGCUGGAAGAGCAACAGACAGCCUCCAGGAAAUUUGAAACAAGAGAAUCUAACGAGAAAUACUUCUAUCAGACUGCUGUGGACAAGGCCUUAAAGAGUCCAAACGGACACCUGGACUUGUUCCUCCGCUUCCUCGUGGGUCUUUCACUGCAGACCAAUCAGAAUCUACUACAAGGUCUGCUGACACACACAGGAAGUAGCUCACAGACCAACCAAGAAACAGUCCAGUACAUUAAAGUGAAAAUUAGUGAGAGUCUGUCUGCAGAGAAAAGCAUCAACCUGUUCCACUGUCUGAAUGAACUGAAUGAUCGUUCUCUAGUGGAGGAGAUCCAACAGUUCCUGAGUUCAGGAAGUCUCUUGACAAAUAAUCUGUCUCCUGCUCAGUGGUCAGCUCUGGUCUUCAUCUUAUUGGCAUCGGAAGAAGAUCUGGAUGUGUUUGACUUGAAGAAAUUCUCAGCUUCAGAGGAGGCUCUUCUGAGACUGCUACCAGUGAUCAAAGCCUCCAACAAAGCUCUACUAAGUGUCUGUAACCUUUCGGAGAGAAGCUGUCAAGCUCUGUCAUCAGUUCUCACAUCCCAGGCCUCUAGUUUGAAAGAGUUGGACCUAAGUAACAACAACCUGGGGGAUUCAGGAGUGAUUCUUCUGUCUGCCGCACUGACGAGUCCACAUUGUGAACUGGAUACUCUCAGACUGAGUGUCUGUAACCUCUCAGAGAAGAGCUGUGAAGCUUUAUCCUCAGUUCUUGGCUCACAGUCCUCUAGUUUGAAAGAGCUGGACCUGAGUGACAACGAUCUAAAGGAUUCAGGAGUGAAGCAUUUGUCUGUUUGCGUGAAGAGUUCCUAUUGUAAACUGGAAACUCUCAGUCUGUCAGGCUGUCUGAUCACAGAGGAAGGCUGUACUUCUCUGGCCUCAGCCUUGAGUUCCAACUCUCAUCUAAGAGAGCUGGACCUCAGCUACAACCAUCCAGGAGACUCGGGAAUAAAGCUGCUUUCGGCUGGAGUGAAGGAUACAGGCCGGAAAUUGGACACUCUCAGGGUGGAGCCUGCUGGAGUCCAAUGGUUGGCACCAGGUCUGAGGAAGUAUUCCUGUAAACUCAUAAUCGACACAAACACAGUAAACAGAAAACUCAAACUGUCUGACAACAACAGGAAGGUGACACAUGUGGAGGAGGUUCAGUCAUAUCCUGAUCAUCCAGACAGAUUUGAUGUUUGGUUUCAGCUGCUGUGUAGAGAUGGUCUGACUGGUCGCUGUUACUGGGAGGUCGAGUGGAGAGGAGAGGUUUGGAUAACAGUGAGUUACAGACAAAUCAGCAGGAAAGGAGGCAGUUAUGACUCUUCAUUUGGACACAACACUCAGUCCUGGAGUCUGCAGUGCACUAGCAAUGGUCCUCAUUUUGCCUGGCACAAUGACAAAACAAUAUCCUCCUACUCAACCGCCUCUGUCUCUAACAGAGUAGCAGUGUAUGUGGACUGUCCUGCUGGCACUCUGUCCUUCUACAGAGUCUCCUCUGACACUCUGAUCCACCUCCACACCUUCAACACCACAUUCACUGACCGUCUCUAUCCUGGAUUUGCAAUCUGUGCUGCUUCCUCAGUCUCCCUGUGUUGAUUUUAGCAUUGAGGUUUUGCAGAGACAUAACAUUAACCCAAAGAUCUAAGGAACAGGUCAAUAAGGCCCCAAUCACAAGGCUUAGAAAUUGGUUUGUGACCAUCUGGCAGCUACCAAUCAAGAACAAAUUACUAUUUGAGUUAGGAGUAGUUUCUGGAAGUUGACAGUUGCUGGGAAAAUUAUUGCUUGUGCCCCAGUCACACAAGCUUAGAGACCAGUCAUUGAUCCCCCCUGGUAACCACCUGUCAGUAGGCAAAAACGUGUAUUGCCUAACCGGUUGCUUUAAUAACACAUUGCUGUGGUUGUGGUUUUGAAUGUGUCAGGUGUGGUGAAUCUGGACACAGUUAUUUUCUGUUAUACUUAGGGUAGUAAUGUGGGAACUUCAACAUUUUGUGCUAUUUGGAUUAGACUGCCUACUGACAUUUUUGUUUUUGUGGUGCAUCCUGUCAUAUUUGUGCAUUCCAACAUGAAAGUUGAAUGAAAAUGGCAUUUUAAUAAUUUUUGUGACUAAAACUUUUUGUUAAAAAGUAUUCUAUGUAACAGGAGUGCUCUGCUUUUUUAAAAAAAUUCUU